AUGUACUUAGGUGAUUUCAGAGCUACGGUAUUGUCAGCAUUGAUUGAAUCCAAUAAGUAUCGGCCUGUAGUACUCUGGCAUGGGUUGGGAGACAACUAUAAUUCAUCUGGAAUGAACAGAGUAACACAGCUUAUCCAGGAAAUGUAUCCGGGGGUUUUUUCUCACUCAAUAGCUAUUGAUUUGGAUCCUUCCAGAGACGAGAAUAAAUCUUUAUUCGGAGAUGCUAACGAUGAAGUUGACCUUGCUUGCGAGCAGAUUGCAAACAUCUCUCAAUUGAAGGAUGGGUUUGAUGCAAUUGGUUUCUCUCAGGGUGGUGUGUUGACUAGGGCGUUGAUCGAAAGAUGUUCUGCUGCAAAAGUUCAUAAUUUUAUCACUUUUGGCUCUCCUCAUAUGGGGGUUAUGGAAUUACCAGUAUGUAGGGAUGAAAAGGAUUGGAUAUGCAAAAGGAGAAAUGCUUUUUUGAAAAAACAAGUUUGGCACGAAAGCAUUCAGAACACCGUCAUUCCUGCUCAAUAUUUUAGAGAUCCUUACGAGUAUCAAAAAUAUUUAGACCAUUCUCAUUUCUUAGCAGAUGUGAAUAAUGAGGCUGGUGGAUUCAAUGCUUCCUACGUUGAAAACUUGUCUAAUAUCAAUAAAUUUGUCUUAGUUGCAUUCUUGAAAGAUCAAACAGUGGUACCAAAGAAUAGUGCAUGGUUUGAAGAUAUCAACCCAUGUAACGGUGCGCCAAUUCCUUACGAUGAUACUGACUUAUAUAAAAGAGAUUAUAUAGGAUUGAAAAAGCUAGAUUUAGAUCAAAAAUUGGUGUUCCUUAAUAUAGAUGAUGCUCAUAUGAGAAUUCCUGAUACUUUCUUGGUUGAUAUAGCCCAAAAGUAUUUAGGCUCCCCACUCGCAUAA